CAAUGGAGCGACCAAGUGACAACGGACGAGAGAAAGCUUAAACUAUUUCCUCUUGUAUCCUCAUCUGAAUCUCCAUCUCUGCAGCUGGCCAGAGAGAUCUAUACAGAGAGGCAGAGAGAAUGAAGGAUUGGGACAAGGCUUCAUUUUGUUGGGCACCUUCAUCUCCGUCUCCUAAGCUCCUUGUGGUUGUAGUUCCUUUGGUUUUCUUAUCUGGGUUUCUUUGUAUGGAGGGUUCAUCAGGAACCUCUACUUCGUCUGAUUAUCCAUUGCUCUGGGGAGCCGGUACCCCUUGUUCUUCAUUUUCUCCUGCAACAAAAAUAACAACCACUGAAACUACAUCUGUUGCUUCAAUGAGACUGCCUUGUUUUUCGACUGAAGAAAGUGAGAGACAUCUGGAAACACAUCCAAAGGCGGUUCCUCUUCAUCAUGUACAAGAAACUCUUUGGUCUGACAUUUCUAUUUUCAAUCAAUCUUCUUCACCACAGAUGGUUCCUGCAGAGAUUCUUCAACUCCAAUCACCUGAUGAAAGAAAUCAAGAGGAUCUGAGGAUCCCAAUUAAUCAUCAUGGGCAUGAUGUUGCUCCCGCAGUAAUGAAGGAGGCGGGGGAAGAUAGCAAAUCUGCAGAGAGGCUUAAUGGGUCUGGUGUUGCUCCUAUAAUCACGAAGGUGGCAGAGGAAGAUAGCAAAUCAGAUAGGAUUAAUGGGUCUAAUGUUGAUCCCGUAAUCAUGAAGGUGGCGGAAGAAAAUAGCAAAUCAGAGAGGAUUAAUGGGUCUGAUGUUGCUCCCACAAUUAUUAAAAUGCAGAAAAAUCAUACCCAACUAGAGAGGUUGGAAGCAGGUCUAGCAAAGAUUCGGGCUGCAAUAAGAGAAGCUGCUCAUCAGAAGGGGAAUCAAACUUCUGACUUCGAUUACGUUCCAGAAGGUCCCAUGUACUGGAAUGCCCAAGCCUUUCACAGAAGCUAUUUGGUAAUGGAGAAACAGUUCAAAAUCUUCAUCUAUGAAGAAGGAGAGCCACCGCUGUUCCAUGAUGGUCCAUGUAGAAGCAUAUAUUCCAUGGAGGGAAACUUCAUUCACCAGAUAGAGAUGGAUAAACGCUUUAGAACCAGAAAUCCUGAAGAGGCUUAUGCUUUCUUCCUUCCCUUCAGUGUCACACAGAUGGUUCGGUUCGUCUAUGUGCCCAACUCCCAUGACAUUGGCCCCAUAAAACAAACUGUGAUCGAUUAUGUCAACCUCAUCGCCGGAAAAUACCCAUAUUGGAAUAGGAGCCUUGCCGCCGAUCACUUCAUGCUUUCUUGCCAUGAUUGGGGGCCACUAACAUCUUCCUACGUUCCACAUCUAUACAAAAAUGGCAUCCGAGUUCUGUGCAAUGCAAACACCUCAGAAGGAUUCAACCCAGCCAAAGAUGCAUCCUUCCCGGAAAUCAAUCUCAGAACCGGAGAAACCAAGGGGCUCAUCGGCGGGCCACCUCCUUCCUGUCGUCCUAUACUCGCAUUCUUCGCCGGAGGGCUGCACGGUCCCAUCCGACCACUGCUGUUAGAACACUGGAAGAACAAAGAUGAAGAUGUAAAGGUAUACGAGUACCUCCCGAAAGGCCUAUCGUACUACGACAUGAUGAAGAAGAGUAAGUACUGCAUCUGCCCAAGUGGGUAUGAAGUUGCGAGCCCAAGAAUCGUGGAGGCAAUCUAUGCGGGAUGUGUUCCUGUGUUGAUCUCAGACCAUUACGUCCCACCAUUCAGCGAUGUUCUGAACUGGAAAUCCUUCUCGGUUGAGGUUCCAGUGAGCGAAAUUCCCAACCUGAAAAGAAUUUUGCUGAGUAUCCCUACAAGGCAGUACAAAAGAAUGCAGCGAAGAGGGCUCAAGGUGAGGAGGCAUUUCGAAGUGAACUUCCCACCUAAGAGGUUUGAUGUCUACCACAUGAUUCUUCAUUCGGUAUGGCUCAGAAGAUUGAAUGUUCGAAUUCAUGACUUACGAUUACAGUCAUAGCUCUCGGACUCCCAGUUGAGUUGACUUGUCAUGU